GAUGCUCGUUCUGAUCAUCACUCCUUACCAGGUGGUGGCGGUAAAGUACCGUAAUGUCUUCCAGGUGCCAUUAAAGACCACAGUAAGAGGAAGAAGAAGAUAGUUCACUCCUAUCUACUUCCGCGUUGGUCCAAACGCACUUCUACAAGUACAUGUUUACCUUUCACUUGAAAAAUGCGUUACAACAGUUAACUUUAUAAAAUCUUGUUAAAGGCCUCCCCCUGGUCUAAGGUAGUUCAUAUUAAGCCGCUGCAUUGCUGGGGGACUCAAAGUACAGUUAACUCUCCGUUUCCAGUCAAAGAUCUGAUACAUUCACAAAACUGGUGCGGCAACUACUUCUGUUUUCUUCACCACAAUCGACUAUUUCAAAAUGUCUGGUAAUCCUGCUGUGGUUAUGCGGCUGGUUGCGUCCGCCUAUUCAGUGGCUGAAAAGGCCGGGGCCAUAGUAAGGAAGGUGCUUCACAGUGGAGAUCUUGGCAUUGUUGAAAAGACAGGAGCCAACGAUCUGCAGACACUCGCAGACCGACUUGCACAGAAAAGCAUCUGUGCUUCACUGUCCAGACGUUUCCCCAAUGUCACCAUCAUUGGAGAGGAGGAUCUUCCAUGUGAGGAGGUCCAGGGGGAUAUGAUUGAGAAUGGCCAGGCAGAGGAAAUCCUUCAGAAGAGCUGUCCAAAAGAGUAUGAAGCAUUAAAAGAAGAAGAGCUUGUUGUUUGGGUUGAUCCCCUUGAUGGCACCAAAGAAUACACUGAAGGGCUCUUGGAUAAUGUGACAGUUCUCAUUGGCAUUGCAUAUGGAGGCAGAGCAAUUGCAGGCGUCAUAAACCAGCCAUUCUACAAUUACCAGCUUGGAUCAGGAGCUGCUUUAGGGAGGACAAUAUGGGGAGUUCUCGGAUUGGGCGCCUUCGGGUUCCAGCUGCAGGAAGUUCCAGCCGAUAAGCGAAUUGUCACCACUACCCGUUCCCAUAGCAACAAGACGGUAACAGACUGCGUGAACGCCAUGGAGCCUCACGACGUUAUAAGAGGGGGUGCUGGAAACAAGAUAAUCCAACUUAUUGAAGGGAGAGCAUCUGCUUAUGUGUUUGCCAGUCCAGGCUGCAAGAAAUGGGAUACAUGUGGUCCCGAGGCAAUCCUGCAUGCCGUCGGAGGAAAACUGACUGACAUGUUUGGGAAUCCUUACCAUUAUAAUGCAGAUGUAAAGCACAUGAACUCCGCUGGGGUUCUUGCUACACUACGCAACCAUGAUUACUACGUCAGCAGAGUGCCACAGUCUGUGCUGCAAGCACUGAAGUCAGAUUGAGUUCGGUCAUGAUGUGCUUCUGGAAUUUUGGCCCGAUAAGUUUUGGUAGAUGAAUUCUUGACUCCAUCAAUAACAGUUCAAGUACUGAAGAAUCAAAACGGCCCCAGAUCAUCACACUGACACCGCCGUGUUUGACGAUUGAUAUUUUCUGAAAUGCUUUUUGUUUUAUGCCAGUCAUGACGGGACACAAACCGAAAUUUUUCCACGUCUUUUCUCGCAAUAUUUUUGCAAAAGUCUCUUGGGGCAUUGUGAUACUUUUUGACCAAUGUGAGACAGGUCCUAGUAUUUUAGCAUCCAGCCUGUUUUUGUUCAGUCUUUUUUUUUUUUUUCUUGAGGGAUUUUGGUGUUGUUCUGGGUUGGAUGAACAGCUGUUGGAGUAACCUCUCUUGGCUCACCACCCCUGUGAACAUUCAACAGUAUUUAAUUUUUUCUCCAUUUGUGAAUAAUUUCUUUCGCUCUGGUUCCAUGGACUCUCAUUGCCUUUGUAACCCGUUGCAGCCUGAUUGAUGUCAGUGACUUUGUUCUACAUGUCCUCUUGAAUUUCUGUAGAUCACAGCAUGUUGUGUUGCUUUUUGAGAUUUUUUAGUCUUUCAUUUUCGAGAAAUAGUUUUCUCUAAAAGUGAUUACUUGAUUUUACAGGUCUGGCAGUAAUCAGACCUGUAAAAUCUGAUUACUGCUGGUGAAAUUGAACUCGGCCUCUUUCCAAAAAUUGGCUUAGCUACAUAAUUUUACAAGUGAAAAAAAAAGCAAAAUCUUUUUUUUUUCCUGGAAUCUUAGCUGGACGUAAAGACAAAACAUACUGACUUAACCCCUGUGACCGAAACGUUUUUUACUCUGAUGGUAUUAUUGUUUAAAAGAACUAUAUUUUUGUAAUAUGUUUUUGCUGUAUUUGGUUGCAGAAAACAUUCACCAACUGCUGCUUUCCAAAUAAAUUAUAGGAACGGGAGCAACAUGUAGAGGAAAAAGAUUCAAAUAUAAAAUAUUAACAGACUCAAUGAUUCUAAUCUAACAUUUUAAUAAACAGCAGUCAUAAAAGGUGCCAAAAUUAACUCCUUAAAACUUGCAAAUAUUUGAUUGUUGCCUUUGUUGUAAAUAUGAAUUUGAAGUUUUUGUGAGAAUUUAUCAGUUUGUGAGCUUUUUAUGAUACCUGUUUAAAAUAGACAAAUACAUGAUGACAUUUAGAAACAUAUUUUGUAUUAAUCAAGUAAAAAUCAUGAAAUAUAGAAAGGUAAAACAAACCAAAUAAAUUUUGUCAUUUCUCUGAUGAAUUUAACAGUAAACAAAUUUACACAAAUGUUUGUUUUCCUCUUAUUUGUCAUAAAUGUCAAAUAAAAAACAGAUUUUAACAAAAAAACUGUUAGUCUGUUUUCUUCUGUUUUCAGUCAGUAUAAAAACAGUCAGGAAAGAUUUUUGUAUCUGUUAUUUUUAAUAAAUAAAAAAAAAAUCAGAUUUUUACUAUUAAAGGUUAUACUGCAGCAGAUUAUCAUAAUUUUUUUACUUGCUUAUAGAUCAACUUUGCCCAUUAGUUUGUAUCUGUCAACACAAAUAUGAAAUAAAAAGUGA